ACAUUCUGGACGCGCAGAAAGCGUUUAGGGCGGCAUGGAUAACCCUCGCGAAGGGCAGCAGCGCUCCGAGCGUCGGCUCAUUUACGUCUAUUGCGUGGGCGCCGUAUUCUCCGCGAUCGGACUCGUGUGCACGGCCGUCGCGUUCGGCUACUGGCACUUCACGCUGGACGAAUGCGACGGCGACCCAAUUGUGGACAAACGCCAUUGCGGCUGCCUCUUGUUCACGCAGAGCUCGACGCGCCUGCUCAUCGGCGGCGACACGCGCGUCUGCCACUUUGUCGAAUUCUCCACGAUCCCCGGCAUCGUCAUCGGCUUUUCGAUGGCCGCCUGGCACUGGUACCGGGUCUUCUUUGUCCUCAACAAGCCACCCAAAAGAUACAGGAGACGCCCAGUAAACGCGCAAGAGGUGAACCAGAAGGGAGAAGUGAUCGUCGUUCAGCGCACGUCGUGGACGAGUGUGGCGAGCUGGCUGAGCGUCUUCCUGCUCGUGCUUCUGGUGAGUGCCCUGAGCCUGACGGCGGCAGUCACCAUCACGGUUGGCAGCGUGCAGACGUGCGAGCAGUACCGCGAGAAUCUGAUCGAGACUCUGUCGGCGGACGGCUACAUGGCCGCCCUGAUCAAGGACCGGCUCUCCUGUCAGGCGGUGUUCGACUUCAUGGACUACCUGCUGCCGAUCAAAGAGCGAAACUCGGCCAACUUCAUCAACACCGGCGUCGCCCUUCAGCUGGGCAUCGUCGCCAUUUGGUUCUCGGCAGUCGCCUUCACGGUUGCCGCCUCGCUCUGCUUCAUCCAAGCUACUCGCAGAACAAGACACAGGUGCUGCUCCCGCCGCUGAUUUUCCAUUUUCUAUUAAUUAAUAUUCCACAUAUAUAUUUUACUCAGUUGAAACCAUUUUUAAUAUCCAUGUUAAUGAGAUCACUGUGGAUUAAUACGAUUCAAUGUGUGGUCUUUAAUAAAGAGUCUCAAUUUCAA